CGUCUUUGACUUCGCCGCCAACUCACGCACACAGAAGUUUACUUUUGAUUACUUUCUCUUCCGAUCUCAACCAUCCUCAUCCUCAUCCUCCACUACAAAUCCCAUUCUACACUCGUUGAUUCCCAGUCUGCUGUUUCCGCCAGAAUUAGGAUCAAAGAGUCGGAGAUCGAGGGAGAAAGAAGAAGGAUGUGCUGCGACUGCGACUGCGAGUGCCGGCCGCUGGGUUGGCUGCUCGGCCUCCCCUUCGCCUUCCUCUCCCUCCUCCUCUCCAUCGUCGGCGUCCUCAUCUGGAUCGUCGGGUUGCUGCUCUCGUGCAUCUGCCCCUGCUGCCUCUGCGUCACCAUCCUGGUGGAAUUCGCAAUCGAACUCAUCAAGGCACCUCUCCAUGUCAUGAGGUGGUUCACCUCCCAGAUCCCUUGCUAGUCUUGUUAGAUCCAUCAAGGCGCCGUUCCACGCCAUGAGGGAUGGUUCACCUCCAAGAUCCCUUGUUAGUCUUGUCAGAUCCAUAGCUAUAAUAUCAUGGAGGUGGAUUGUGUGCUGGCGUUAUGAUCGUUGAUUCAUGUCGAAACGAUGUUUUUAUUUUUAUUUUUACUUUUAUUUUUAUUUAUUUUUUAUCUGUGCGAUGAUUCUUAUCUUCCUUUCUGCUAUGAGAAUUCCUUCAUUCUUGCAA